UGCGUGGAGCUGUGCGAUUGUGUGACCAGACACGUUCUGCUUCGUGGUUAAAGAUUAUUAAGCCAACUGGUGUGAUAAUAUAUCAUUGAUAAUCCUGACUUCAUUCGGUGAUUGAGAGAGACUUCUCGAGAAAAAGAAAAGAAAAUCCACGAUCUAUGACAAAUAAGAAAACAGUCGAGGGAGGGAAGGUAUUUUGUGCUUCUGUUCGUGCUAAAAUAAAGGUGCCUACGGAUACACUCCAAGGAACAAUCCCACAGGUAAUGGCUGGGAUAAGCGUGGAAGCCCUGACAGACAGCAGAUAAUAUGCCAUCGCAGUCGGCACGGCUCACGCUCUGUGGCACGACAUGGCACGCGUAAAGAUGAGUUUUUUCGCUCUCCUGUGUCUCCCCGCAUGCCUCGUGAUCACCCACAGCAGCGGCAGCAUCCACGAGAGAUCGGUGGUGCCCCGCGCCGCGUCCCGUUCCGUGGCUCGCAUGGACGGGGACGUGAUCAUCGGCGCGCUCUUCUCUGUCCACCACCAGCCGUCUGCCGAGAAGGUGGCCGAGCGGAAGUGCGGGGACGUCCGGGAGCAAUACGGUAUCCAGCGGGUGGAGGCCAUGUUCCACACGCUUGACCGCAUCAACGCCGACCAGCACCUGCUCCCCAACAUCAGCCUCGGCUGUGAGAUCCGGGACUCCUGCUGGCACUCCUCUGUUGCCUUGGAGCAGAGCAUUGAGUUUAUACGGGACUCUCUCAUCUCGAUUCGGGAUGAUAAGGACGGUUCCAAAUGGUGCAUCGACGGAACCCCGUCCAACCAGCCACCGCCUUCAAAGAAACCCAUAGCAGGAGUAAUCGGCCCCGGAUCCAGCUCUGUGGCCAUUCAAGUGCAAAACCUUUUACAGUUAUUCAAUAUUCCACAGAUUGCCUACUCUGCCACAAGCAUCGACCUGAGUGACAAGACUUUGUUCAAGUACUUCCUAAGGGUCGUUCCUUCAGACACUCUGCAGGCCCGGGCCAUGCUGGACAUAGUCAAGCUUCACAACUGGACCUACGUGUCUGCAGUUCACACUGAGGGAAACUAUGGGGAGAGCGGCAUGGAGGCCUUCAAGGAGCUGGCCUCUCAAGAGGGCCUGUGCAUCGCCCACUCGGACAAGAUCUACAGCAACGCCGAAGAGAAACAUUUUGAUCGCCUUUUGGGGAAACUAAAGGAACGUCUGCCCAAAGCUCGUGUGGUGGUGUGUUUCUGCGAGGGCAUGACGGUCCGUAAUCUUCUGAUGGCUAUGAGGCGACAAAGGGUGCGUGGGGAAUUCCUCCUUGUUGGCAGCGAUGGAUGGGCUGACCGUUACGAAGUGGUGGAGGGUUACGAGGAGGAGGCGGAGGGAGGCAUCACCAUGAAGCUGCAGUCGGAGGUCGUGAAGUCCUUCGACGACUACUACCUGAAGCUGCGUCUCGACAAGAACACCAGGAACCCCUGGUUCGCUGAGUUCUGGCAGUAUCGAUUCCAGUGUCGCCUUCCGGGGCAUCCGCAGGAAAACAAGAACUACAAAAAAGUCUGCUCUGGAAACGAGGGCCUGCAUGAAAACUAUGUUCAAGACAGUAAGAUGGGCUUCGUCAUCAACGCCAUCUACGCUAUGGCUCAUGGCCUCCACGAUAUGCACGAGGAGCUGUGCCCGGGCCAGACGGGACUCUGUGAGGCGAUGGAUCCGAUUGAUGGCAGCAAGCUGCUGGACUACCUGCUCAAGACGUCCUUCAGAGGAGUGUCAGGGGAGGAAAUUUACUUUGAUGAGAACGGAGACACCCCAGGCAGGUAUGACAUCAUGAAUCUCCAGAAUGUGGGUGACGAACGCUUCGACUACAUAAACGUAGGGUCCUGGCAUGAAGGCAUCCUUAACAUCGACGACAACAAGCUGUGGAUGAACAGCAGCGAGAUGGUUCGCUCGGUCUGCAGCGACCCCUGCUCCAAGGGACAGAUAAAGGUGAUAAGGAAAGGUGAAGUGAGCUGCUGUUGGAUUUGCACGACCUGCAAGGACAAUGAGUAUGUUCAAGAUGAGUUUACCUGCAAGGCCUGUGAGCUGGGAUGGUGGCCCGACGAAUAUCUCGCAGGCUGCCAGCCCCUGCCUCUGAAGUAUCUUGACUGGGCCGAUGUGGAAUCCAUCGUCGCAGUUGUUUUCUCCUGCGUUGGCAUCCUGAUCACCUCCUUUGUCACCUUCAUAUUCAUCCAGUACCGCGACACGCCUGUGGUUAAAUCCUCCAGCAGGGAACUCUGUUAUAUCAUCUUGGCAGGCAUAUUCUUGGGCUACAUCUGUCCGUUCACAUUAAUCGCUCGUCCCACCGUCGCCUCCUGCUACCUGCAGAGACUCUUGGUAGGCCUCUCUUCUGCCAUGUGCUACUCUGCUCUGGUGACUAAAACAAACCGAAUUGCUCGUAUUCUGGCUGGCAGCAAGAAGAAGAUCUGCACCAGGAAACCGCGCUUCAUGAGUGCCUGGGCCCAGGUCAUCAUUGCCUUUAUGCUUAUCAGCGUGCAGCUAACUCUUGAGAUAACGCUCAUCAUUCUGGAGCCUCCCGAGCCCAUCAAAUCGUACCCAAGCAUACGUGAGGUCUACCUCAUCUGCAACACCAGCAACGUAGGCAUGGUGGCGCCGCUGGGCUACAACGGCCUGCUUAUCAUGAGCUGCACCUACUAUGCCUUCAAGACGAGGAACGUCCCUGCCAAUUUCAAUGAGGCCAAAUAUAUUGCCUUUACAAUGUACACUACCUGCAUCAUCUGGCUUGCCUUCGUGCCAAUCUAUUUCGGCUCCAACUACAAGAUCAUAACCACGUCUUUCUCCGUCAGCCUGAGUGUAACGGUAGCGCUGGGGUGCAUGUUCACGCCCAAGAUGUACAUUAUCAUCGCCAAACCAGAGAGAAACGUCCGAAGCGCCUUCACCACAUCUGACGUGGUGCGAAUGCACGUCGGCGACGGGAAGUCUGCGGCUCAGUGCGGGAGCAACAGCUUCCUUAACAUGUUCCGUCGGAAGAAGGCGAUUUCCGGAAAUGCCAAUUCUAAUGGCAAGUCUGUGUCAUGGUCUGAAUCAGGUCCCAGACACCCUCCGAGGGGGGGGAAUGUGUGGCACAGACUGUCUGUGCAUGUGAGGAAACAGGAAGCCGGCUCGAAUCAGACAGCGGUCAUCAGGCCCCUAACUAACACCCCCGACCCCCACAGUUGUGAGCCCUCCACCGGCAACCAUGGCACAGACCCCCAACCUCCACAGGACACGCCUGGCACCAAGCCUCCGUGCAAUAAGGCGGAAGACGACGACCAGGGGGAUGCACAGCGCCCCCUCUGGACUCCGACUUGCUCGGAACAGACGCAACAAGGACUGGAAUUUGAUUUAGAUGAGCCGGCUUCUAAUUUGCCCUCCGACUUGACACGCCCCACCCACGAGUGCUUGCAGGAGGCGUUGUUGAACACGCACAGCUCUCACGUCCCUGCACUAAAAAGCCGCACUUCCUUUGAGCAAAUUCCUGCCAAUGAGCCUUUGAGCCUGACACCCUCUCAGUUUCCUUCAGACCCAAGACUGGGGGAAUUUGAGGACGAAGGGUCUGAGGAUGAGGAGCUGGACCUUUUGCACAGCUACAUUUACGACGCCAAGGAGGAGGGGGAGGGGGAUGAAGGAGAAGGUGAGGAUUUAACUCCAAAUAAGACCAUUCUGGAAGAUUCUCUGGCUCUGUCACCCCCCUCCCCUUUCAGAGACUCGCUGUGUUCAGGGGAUUCGGCGAACGGCUCCCCCAUCAUCGAUUCCAUGCUCGGUAGCUCGGUCUACACUUCAAAUAUCCUCCAAAACUUUGCACACAGCUCCUCAACACUGUGAGAGCAGAGCCGGCAAAGUCAAUAGACAUUUCUUUAGAAACAUCCAGAUACAAAACAACUUUUCAAAUUUUUCAUUAAGUGAUUUGCUAGCUUGAGUUUAUUUCUUUUAUUCGUAGGUGAGUUAAAAAAAAAAAGAGAAGCUUAAGG